CCAUGGGUCUCAACUGGAACCCAGUCCCCCGCAAGACCGUGCGACACCAGGAUGUGAUUGACAGCAUGGCGAGGUUCAGCCAACCUGGAGUCUUCAACUACAGCAUGUUGACACUGUCUGACCACGAGAGGGCGCUGUACGUGGGGGCGCGGGAGGCGCUCUUCGCUCUGGACCCCAACAACGUUAGUAGACAGCUGAGGCCCCAGAUCGACUGGCCCGCGCCGCAGGACAAGAAGCGAGAGUGCGUGGCCAAAGGAAAGAACAACCAGACCGAGUGCUUCAACUACGUCCGCUUCCUGCAGAGCUACAACGACACCCACCUGUACACCUGCGGCACCUACGCCUUCCAGCCCAAGUGCACAUACGUGAGUUCCGACUCUUUUACCCUCAACACCGCCGCCCUAGAGGACGGUAAAGGCAAAUGUCCAUACGACCCCGCCAAAGGUCACACUGGUCUGAUCGUCGAUAAGGAACUGUACUCAGCAACGCUCAACAACUUCCUGGGAACGGAACCGGUCAUCCUGAGGAACCUGGGUCAGCAGCACUACAGCAUGAAGAGCGAAUACCUGCCGGCGUGGCUCAACGAGCCGGACUUCGUGGGCUCGGCCCUGGUGAGGGAGAGCGGCGGAAGUAAAGUGGGCGACGACGAUAAAAUCUACUUUUUCUUCAGCGAGCGAGCGCUGGAGCUGGACUGUGACCGGGAGAUGACCGUGGCCAGAGUGGCCCGGGUCUGUAAGGGGGACCUGGGCGGCUCCAGGACCCUGCAGAAGAAGUGGACCACAUUCCAGAAAGCCCGUCUGGAGUGUUCCCUCCCGGAGCGCCAUGUCUCCUUCAACAACCUGAGGGCAGUUUUCACGCUUCCGGGGCAGGACUGGAGGGCGACAACCUUUUACGGGAUCUUCCACGCCCAGUGGGGCGACGUGGACGUGUCAGCCGUGUGCCAGUACCAGAUCGGCGACGUCAAGAAGGUGUUCGAAGGCGUGUACAAGGAGUACAGGGAGGCGUCGCAGAAGUGGGGGCGCUACAGCGGCGCCAUCCCCUUCCCCAGGCCCGGAUCGUGCAUCACUAAUGCAGACAGAGAGAACGGCUUCAGCAGCUCGCUGCAGUUGCCUGACGGAACGCUCAACUUUGCCAAAAAGCAUCCACUGAUGGAUGAGAAGGCUCUCUCUCGCCCCCUGCUGCUCACCAAGGGUAUCAACUUCACCAAGCUGGCGGUGGACCGCGUGGUUGCCCUGGACCAGCGGUCUUACAACAUGCUCUUCAUCGGCACAGGAGGAGGCUGGCUGCAGAGGGCCGUGGUCCUGGGAACAGAGACCCACGUGAUCGAGGAGAUCCAGCUGUUCGAGUCCCGGCAGCCGGUGGACAGUCUGACCAUCUCCCACUCCAAGAAGUACUUGUACGUGGGUUCUCGCUCCGAGGUUCUCCAGCUGCCACUGGCCAACUGCAGCCGCUACAAGUCCCUGCCAGACUGUCUGCUGUCCAGAGACCCGUACUGCGCCUGGGACAGCGAGGGUCAGGCCUGUGUUCGGAUUGACCUGCACCGCGGGUCCACGUCGACACUGUCGCAGGACCUCAUGUUGGAGAGAUUCAGCAGAGGGAAGACAAAGUUUGUCAAGACGGUCUCCAUCAGCAGUCCCGAACAUUCCCGGCUGAAGAACGUGACGGUGGUGGUGGGGUCCGACAUGGUGCUGCCUUGCCAACUGGUCUCCAACCUGGCUCAGCCCUGCUGGGUGCUGAACGACCGCGAGCUCCUCCUGGGUGACCCGGACGCCGGCGGGCCUCGCUUCGACCUCACCCUCAAAGCCCUUGUGAUCCCGUCGGCGGGCCAGACGCACGCCGGGCGCUACAUCUGCUACUCCGAGGAGCACGGGGUCAGGUUUCAAACCGAGCGUUACCAGGUGGCCGUGGUGGACAGCUCCCCAGUUUUCAUGGAGGCCCGCGCCCCGGACAGCAGCAUGGGUCUGUUCUGGGUUCUGGUCAUCACCCUGGGAGCGGCCUGCUUACUGCUCUUUGUGGCCGCUCUGUACCUGCGCCGGAGGCUGAAGCUGGCCUUAGGGAAGGGGGCCGACAUGAAGCCCCUAGAGAGCACCCUGGUGUAUCCCAUCACUCUGCCCAAGGAGCCCCCCACCUUCGUGCCAAGCAAGAUGCCCAGCGAUGAGGACCGUUUCUGGGAGACGGGCGCCAACUACUAUUACUCAGACGGGUCCCUGAAGAUCGUUCCCGGUCAUGCCCUAGGCCCCAACAGUGUCAGCACGGCCACACCCAGCGCCAUCCCUGGCCAGCCCAUCCACUCCCCCAGCCGUCUUAGCCUGACCAACAUCAGAGGCUCCGGUAGCAACGGUUACAUCCGCCUCAAUCUGAGCACAGCGGGGGAGGAGCGGGCUAGCAGUGCUGGCGCUAGCGGUGGCGGGCUGGGGGGCCUGGGCAUGGACGGGAACAAUUACGCCAGUCCCUUCAAGGAAGAGCUUCGACGCACCCUGCAGCAGAGGAGCGUUCUGCCCGACGCAAACCCCGAGGAGUCGUCUGUCUAGGGGCCGUCUACCCUCGUUGCGCGAUUGUUUGAGAAAUGAAAAAAACAACCGACCAACCUACCUCCCUCCUGUUGAGGGCGCACUUCUCUGCUUCAGAGGCAAAGCUGUUCAUUCUCCUUUGUGCUGCUCUACCGUUGCCUGUGUGGUUGACUGUCGACGGUUAUUAAACACAGCAUGUUCUUUAAAAAAAACACAUUCUCCGGCGGUGGACGACGCGCUCCGACGCCGGAGUAACUUUGUACGUUUGGAAAACCAAAAACAGCGAGAGCAGCAGGAGUCUGCAGAUGAAAGGGGGAGGAGGGGGGGAGGUCUCAGUCCCGACAGACGUUCGGAAACAUUGGACUGUCCGACUUGGUCUUCUUCGAGACUUUUUCAGCUUAUUGCACUUGAACACUGGGAGCCCGUCUUCCGAUUCUUUUUGUACUUGUGAGCCAUGGGUGCGAGAGUAGUUAAAAAAGGCUAACUAAUGUGGACGCCAGACGACAAUCAUGUUCUUUUGGGGAGGAGGAGGAGGAGGAGGUGACGUUGAUUCAAGUGCAUCUUAGAGGAGGUUUUUUUUUUUCAAAAUGAAGGAGUGUCCGGAGACACGGUGGUAUUUACCUGCUGAUCCUCCUGCUUUACCUGCUGCCAUGGUUUUUUUGAUUGUUGUUUUUUUGUUGUUGUUGUUGUUGUUGUGUUUCUACGUCUUACGGACAACAGCAGUGUUACCCCCCACCUCCCUCGAUUCCUGCUAGGGUCAGUGUUUACAGUCUCUCUUAAACCCUGCGGUGACCCUUAAAUGCACGUUCACAUGGUGGUUUACGACGCCCCCUACAGGCCACUGUACAGUCCUACAGAUUGUGAACACCUACCUGUAUUUAAAACAAAAAACAAAAAAGAACUAUAUGAAGUGACUCGAGGAGUCCCUUACAUAUACCACUAGAGGGAGCCCGUGUACCAGCAGUGGUACCGUGACACAGUUUGAGAAGCGCUGUAUUUCGUUCAGUUCUGUCCAGAAAUCGGUUCUGCUCGAGUGCUGCUCGGCCGUGUUUCUGUUUCUGUCGUUUGCGUUGUUUACCCUGCUGAUCUGGCUGUUCUCACGUUAACGUCACGUUCAAAGUUCAAACGGUUGUCGUGGAGUUCCAUGUGUAAGCAUGUUGUUGUUGUUGUUGUUGUUGUUACCACCAGAACGACGUUCUGCCGUCAGUGACACGGGGAAAGAUUACAAUAAUAAUAAUAAUAAUAACAAAAUUAUUGUUUGUUCGUAGAAAUAACCGUCUGCUGUUUUAAUGACGAAACAUUUCUUCUCUGAUUUGAUUGGCUUUACCAAAGAUCCAACGCUCAUAUCUGAAGAAUGCACUUUUUUUUUUUUGAGAAAACUGAACAAAAACUUAAAUUUCUGCGCGACUUUUUUCUUAACGCUAAGCUAAGUCUUCAGCUCAAUUCUUAUUUGUGAGCUGCUAAUCUUCUUAGCUAUCGGAGAGAACGCAAAUGUUAAAAAUGUUGUUUUCAAUUAACAUUUUAUUAUUUUUUUUAUUUUUUUUUUUGUUCCCCAGACUAACUCCACUGACUUUUGUUGUUUUUAUCUAUCGGUUUAUAAUUUAACUUGCUGGUUUAUGCUAAUCGACUAAUUUAGCCUAAUUUUUUUAUACGAUUCAACAUCGCAGCUAAUAAGUGAAUAUCUGCAUGUUAGCAUGCUGGUUGGUCGACUGAUGCUCUGAUUAGCGCAUACUUCCUUGCAUGCUGUUCCACUUCCUGUCUGUUUUUUUUUUAUCCGGAGGUCUCCUGUUGAGGCGCUGUAGUUGAAAAUGCAGUAAAAAAAAAACUAUUGUAGAAAAAAGAACAGGAUGUGACGAAAAACAAAAAUGCUAAUAAUGGGCGGAGCCGAAGCAUCAAGUGUCAAAUUCAAAAAACGAUUUUCACCGUUUGUUUUCAGUGAAGCGAGAUGCUAAUGUGUGUUAGCAACUGAAUGCUAACGUGUGUUAGCAACUGAAUGCUAACGGGUGUUAGCAACUGAAUGCAAACGUGUGUUAGCAUCUCACUGCCCAGCACAGGAUGCUACAGUACAAAUACGUUUAUCAAGCAUUAACUAUAGCUGCUGUUUUGUUAGCUGUUAGCCGUUAGCCAAUUCCCCCAGCAUUGGUAACGAUGCACCGAUAAACACGCUAUCUGGUUAUCAGUAAAAGUAAAUAAGUCAAAUAAAAAUAUUUAUUGACAAACGUAAGUGUUAGCAUUAGCUUCCACGCCAAACUUGCCCGUUUUGUUCGGUCGCAAAACGGGCAAGUUAAACCUCCAAACACUGCCAACCCUACAUGUGAUAAUAGAAAUGUUCCCUAAAAGUUUUAAAUGUUAAAUUAUUUAAUUUUAAUUUUUUUUGUUAAGGAGGGGCGGGGUUAAACAGCAGGACGGAGGUAAAGGAAAAACGAAAAGGAAAGUCGUUGAUGUGAAGAACGGAUGUAGAUCAUUUAUAAAUACGAUUAUCGAAGCUGUCACUUCUCUGCAGAAUGUUGCAUGAUCCUCUUUGAUGAUGAUGAUCAUCGUCCUUGUACAAGUGAAUUAUUUCUGUUAGUUUUUUUUUACUUUGACUUAAACUAAUAUCUUUAAAAAAAAUGAUGCAAGACGAGUGAAAUGUUAAUAAUUUAAAAAAAUGAAUCCCUGGUUUUAUUGUUGGUUUCUUACAUGCGCAGCAGUGAACUGGCUUCUUUCUGCUUUAAAAAACUGAGACUUUUUUAUUUUUUAUUUCAGCAUUCCUUCACCCACUGGGCCGACGUCUACGUAGUUUACCUGCUGAUAAAACACACACAGAGAGAGACGUGAAUUCAACCGUUGUGUUUACUGUUGUUUGAUAUGAAUCCGAGGCUGAAUCAUUUCCUGAAAACUGACCAAUUCAUUUUUGUCUUUGUCUGUUGUUGAUCAGUCUGUGUCCACGCCAUUGUAACGCAACAGAAAAAGAAGAAAAAAUCGUACACUGGUGGUGACAGCUCCGCUGACACUUUAUUUACAUUAGCUUUAUUUAAAAUCCACCUCCCUGCAAAUGUAUGUAUAUAUGAUAAGAGUCCGACUUUUAAAUGAAAUCACGAGUCAAUAUAUUCACACCACCACAGAGUAUCGGGGGCCAUUUUGAGAAGGUUGAAAUACAUCAUCGUAAUGUUAGUUGUAAACAUUGCGACGCGGUGACGUUAACGUUUCUCUCAUUUGUGCAACCAAUGCUAGAGUAUAAUAUCUCAAGAUGAUGUGAUCGUUCUAUCGCAUAUUUUCCCAAAUAAAUGCUAACUUAGCACUUUUUACCCUAAAAGUACGCCAUUUUAUCGUCAUUAAACACGUUUUUCUUCCGCUAAUGUUACAAGCAUAUUUUUAUUAAUUUUUGUCUCAAAAAAAUUGAGUAUUUCCUCCCCCUCAGUAUGGCCUCGGUACUCCACUGUAAAUUCACGAUCUGAUAUGAUUUUUUUUUUUUUCAGAGUUACGUUGAUAACCUUCUCCGGACACCGACUUUUUAUUUCGUUUAUUUUUUUUACGCUUCUGUUUUUCCACAGUACAGUUAUUAGUCAAGAACAAAACGUCUGUGGUUUUUUUUUUUUCUAACGUAUGAUUUUUGAUGCGUAGCCCUGUCUACCUGACAGGAAGUCUGUAUAUAGGCACACGAAGUCUCGUUCUCGCGAAUGGCGUGUGAGGUUGAAGAUGUCGGCGACCAGUUGCUGAAUGUAAACAAAUGGAGUGAUGGAAAAAAAAAGAAAAAUAUGCACUGCAUUGUGACUUAUGAAAAAAUAUAUUUUUAAGCUCCGAAAGUCGGAGAUUUUGCAGAUUUUUUGUGAAAAAGUCCCAAAAAACUUUCCUCUGAAAAAUAAAAAAGAAGAAUGAAAAAAAAGAGUGCACAUCCAGUCCGCGGCAUGUCCUUCGGCUCAGUUAUGAAACAACGCUUCUUCUUAUGUCAUUUCUCUCCUUCAACACUUUUUGAAUUUUUUUUUUUUUUUUCUGCUCGGCAUUGUUUUUGUGCAACAUCGCUGGUCUGUAAUGUUUGUUUUUUAAAAUAUGUUAAGUAACUUAUUUCACUUGUACAAAUGUUUUGAUAUUUAUUAUCAUUGUACAUAUGUUCUUAUUUUUUAUAUGUGUAUAUACAAAAAUAAAAGAGAGAGAGAGAGAGAGAUGGCUGCA